GACUACAAAGAAACAAAGAAGAACAUGGCUUCUGUGCCUGGAAUUCUUACUGAGUGGCCAUGGAAACGGCUUGGAAGCCUCAAGUACGUGAUCUUGGCUCCAUGGAUCAUCCACAGCACCUGGUUGUUUGUGGCUAACGAUGCAAAAGAAAGAGACGUUUCAUACUUCCUCAUGCUUGGAGUGGUGUUGUGGAGGAUCAUCCACAACCAGAUUUGGAUCUCUCUGUCUCGAUAUCGAACUGCCAAAGGCAAUGGCCGAAUCCUUGACAGGGGUCUCGAAUUCGAACAGGUCGACAGAGAAAACAAUUGGGAUGACCAGAUAUUGUUCAAUGCACUUCUAUUCUACACAGGCAGCAGGCACCUGCCUGGGGCUCAAAAGCUGCCACUUUGGAGGCCACAUGGAGUUCUUCUAAGCAUUGUGCUUCAUGCUGGUCCAGUGGAGUUCCUGUAUUAUUGGUUUCACAGAGCACUUCACCAUCAUUACCUCUACUCUCGCUACCAUUCUCAUCACCAUUCCUCAAUCGUUACUCAGCCAAUUACUUCUGUGAUUCAUCCAUUUGCGGAGCACAUGGUAUAUUCUGCGCUCUUCUUUAUACCAAUUCUGGCCACUAUAUUGACGAGAACUAUUUCUAUGGCAUCCUUUGCUGGUUAUGUUACUUACAUUGACUUCAUGAACAACAUGGGGCACUGCAAUUUCGAGCUCAUUCCAAACUGGCUCUUUUCUCUAUUUCCUCCUCUUAAGUAUUUUAUGUAUACACCGUCGUAAGUCUCAAGCUCGAUCUCUCUUUCUCUCUCUCAAUUAUUGUAUAAUACUGAAAUACGAAAAUUAGUGUACUCCUCUAAUUCAAAACCUUCAAACAAACAAACAAAAAACUUAAAUCCUUAACCUAUUAGGGGAGAAGGACUAAGGUUGUCUAUUUCAAAGUGAGCUUCUUAAGUGGGUCCAAGGUGAGCUAGAUUUGGUGGUUGUGAUAUAAAAUUGAAGUAUCAACCCGAAACCUUAAGCUGUUAGGUGGAAAGAUGAAAUAAAUUUUCAAUUGGAGAGCUAAUUUAAUUGCAAAAAUUGUAUAGUCAUAGCAUAUGCUUUGUAAUAUAUUCGGGGUUGGAA